AUGGACGGCGGCUGGGCCUUGGAUCCCUCAGACCCGCUGCUCACCGUGGAAGAGGCCGCGGUGGACGAGAAGGGCCGGCUGCGGAAGCCCGCCUAUGUGAAAUUCACCGAGCUCUUCAAUCAGGAGCCACGUGAUAGGUCCCAGCACCCGAUGCCCGAGGCGCCCGGGACGCGCGCGGCGGAGACAAAGAAUUCCUCGAUGCGGUGCUGGGAAGACGCCAAGGGCGCCGGCUGGGUGGCGGUGGGCAAAGGUACCUCCGCCUGGUUCAGCCUCUCCACCUGGAAGAGUUGGCGCCUCUGCUUUCUGCUAGCCCAGCUGCAGCAGAGCCUCUGGGAGCGAAACGCAGGUAAGCGCGCGGCCGAGGUGGUGGAGGUUUCUCCAGUCAAGAUUACGGAUUAG